GGUGGAUUCGUUCGUGGUGCGGUGGUGUCACUGAUUCGGCUCAGUCAGGCUCAAUGUUAAAUUAAAUGGCGCUUUCCGAAAUUUACAGCGUUGACAGUUUGCUGAGGAGUUCCAAUCCUCCUUUCAAAACGGCUGGCCAUGAGCAAGGAAAGCAAACAAUGGACAGCUAUUCACCUUGGUCGCAUCAGUUUCCUAAUUUUGACAUUUUCAGGCUGAACGAGCAGUCAAAUGGGGAGAGCUCCGAGUCUAUUGCUCAAGCCUCAGUGAUGAACGAUUAUGUUUCCAAACUUCUGGAAGACGAUUGUAGUUUACCAAAUAAACAUCAUAGUGUGGAAGAUGGCUUCUCCCCUCUACAUAACAUGAGCAGUUGGGUCCCUCCUCCAAUCAACAAACCCCCACCUCCCCUGCCUCGGUCAUCUGCUUAUCUUGAUUAUGGUAUGAGCUUACUGAACAUUGGAGACAAUCACCCUCCUGCCCAUGCAAAUGGCUUCCAUAUGGGAGAAGAUCUGAAGGUACACAGUGAAAGUCUGUUCACCACCAACUCCCCUGAUUUGGACCCAGUGACCUCUCUCUUUGGUAACGAUCUACCAAAUGAGCAACAAAUGUACAACUAUAUUCAGAAUAAGCAAAGUGUCAACCUGGAAUCUCUUCUAAAUGACUCAGUUCCUGUGCUCAACAAGGUAGAUGAGCAACCCCCUUCUGUUGGUUUGAUUGAAAAUGGGUACGAAAACCAUUUUAUUAAACUACCAAUCAUGGAUAACGGCUUCUCAAAACCACCAGAUAACGCUUUCACAAGAAUCGAAGGAAUUGACAAUAAUUUUGUGAAAAUGUUGCAAGAUAACAGGACCAACAAAAACAUGACAGACAUUUUCAACAAAGCAAUGAUGCCAGACAAAAAUGUGAAAGGCUUGGAGAUGAUGAGUGAUGGCAUGCUGAAGUCACCAAAAAUAGACUUGUUUACUCCGCCACCAGGAAAAUAUUCACCAAUAGGUUUUCCAAGGAAUAAAAUCCUUCCUGUACAGCAAUCGCCAAAUGGAAUGAUGUCCCAACGAGAAAUGAUGAACGUUAUGGAGAUGGGCUUCAACAACAACAACCCUCUAGUAGCAGACAACAACUUGGACAAGAUGUGCUUCAGUUUCCCCUCAGUUGCACAGAUGUUAGACCCUGCCAUGCUGAUGCAUUUUCGACCAAACAAUCCAGACCUCUUCCAGCUUUAUGACUCUGUCGCUCCAAUGGCUUUCCGCAAACGGAGUGGUCCUGCAAGUGAGCUCCAUGGAUUCCUUGAGCUCUGCUACGAUGAGUUCAAACGGUUGGAAAAAGAACGCAAGAAGACUGAAGCAGAUUUAGCCCGUAACAAUCCUGGGAAAAAGGUAUCCUCUGCAAAUAACAUCCCGGUGCCUCGCUUACCGAUGAACCCUACCAGGGUGGAUCGUCUGAUUGUUGACAUGUUACGAGAACACGCCAGGGUGAUAACACUGGUCGCAAAGAUGGAGAACUUACGAGGAGACCGAUUACCGAACAAUAUAAGUAUCAACAUGCAGAACUGGCUGGACGCUAUUCGUAGGGUGCAGGCUUGUCGCAGAGAGGAGAUCCUCAACAGCGGCAACAGGCGCAACCAUCACCCGUAUCCACCAUCACGAGCUCUUCCUCCAGAUGAGAAAGACAUGGCCGCACUAGCUGCAAGCAUCAAGGAACUUAUUUGCAAGACACGCAAGGCUCGCUCAGGCAUGUACGCAGCCCUCAAUAUGACCCUGCCUGACGACAUCUCCACUAAUUCAGCCGCUAGAACCUCCAAGUAAACAUUGCUCACCAACUAACAAUUAAUUCCUUUCUAUAAUCUUAUUCACAAAAUAUCCUUGUAUUGUUUUGUUUUUUGUAUUUUCAUAUUUUAAUAUGCAAUCAUGCCCUCGAGUAAAUGACAAUUUUUCAGUGGGUAGAAUAGUCUUUGAUAGAUAGUACGAUGUUCAUAGAUUAGAUUAGUUUUUCAUUUGUUGGCAUCGAACUCAUGAUGAGUGUAAGCAAUAAUGAUGUGUACUUGUCCGCUAAAUGUUUCUAUUCACCGGUCGGUUUUCGGCCAAUGGUCCUAUUAUCAGGGUUGUUUGAAAACGAGUUUAGAGAAGUCCUUACUUAUAUUUUUAUGACUGAUGCAUUUUCCUCUCUAUUAAUAGUUUUAUAGUUGUUAUAAAAGUAUUUAUUUAUUCUCGUAAAGUGCAGUAUUCGUUUUUAAUUUUAGUUCCACUGUAGUUUUUAUUUUUCACAAAGCUAUCUGAUGUGAGUAGUUGUAUUGUUUAGUUUUUUGUUAUAGUAGGAAGAACUACUAGAUUUGGUUUUCAUCGCUUUAAAUGCUUUUAUUUAAUUUUAGCAAUUGAGAAUCUCUGUUGGUUGUAAAUCACUGAUUAUUUUAUAGGUUGAAGUAUUUAUUUUAUUCUUAGUAAUAUUUUCAAAUCAAAUACCUCUUGGGGUAUUAUUAUUGCUCGCCCCACUGGGUAUAAACGUAAUGCUCAACAUUCUACCUUUUCUUUUUUGCUGUGGCCCCAAGUCAACAUCACUCAUUUAGCAACACAAUCCGCAUAAAGACAGUUUACUUCACUGUAACCUAUUUAAUUAACCAGGCUUUGCAUUUUUAUUGUAGGUACAUAUUUCAACUUAAAGUUGCUAAAGCGCCCAACCAAAAACAUUGCAUUAAGCUAUUUUAAAUAUAAUUCAGUAUUUUCAUAAGUAAUUUAAUUAUUGAAGUGACACUCUAAACCCAAUUUAUUUAGUUAAUUAAGUAAAAUAAACCUCUAUCAUUCCCUACUUGUACUUUUGUUCUUGAAAGAGCAAAUCUGUAUAUGUCUAUUACAAUAAUAUUGCUACAUUUGUACCCAUAAGCAUAAUGGUUGUUUCUAGGUUCUUCAACAACAUACUUGUUACAAAUAAUUCAACAUCUUGACAGUAUAAAAUGAUUAAAACUUCAAAACACAUUUGUAUCAAGUUUACGUUUUGUAUAAAACUGAGCUUUUAUUGCACAACUUAACAAAGACAAAGGUCAAUUUAGAGAAUAUUCAAUGUUUGUAUACAUGUUUAGUAUAAUUAACUGUCUCAUUUCAUAUUGCUUUUUAAUGUCAACUCUGAUGAAAUCAACUUAAAUGUCCGGUACACAUUUUCAUGGAGUGAUUUUGUUCGGCAUUAAAAAUAAACUGUUUAAGGAGAGGAAUUUGGAAAAAUAAAUAUCAUCCGUGAAUUAUUAUUCUUGAUAUGAUUUUUAAUAAUAAAAAUGUAUGUGCUAGAAAAAAUCUAAAAAUAAAUUUAAAUCUCAGAUAAGUUGGGACUAUACGGUAAUAAUUAAUACUUAAUAAUACUCUUUUUUAAUAAAAUAGUUUAUUUGAGACUAUAACACUGACUAAAACUGUUAACAAUGUUAUCACUUACCUAUGAACAUUAUAAAAAACUAAAUAUAAUUACAAUUUAGUUUAGAAAAAUUAUAAUAAUAGUAUAAGUGUUAAUGAUUAAUCACUCGUCCAUAAUCGUAAUAUCUUUCCGUUGUUGAUGUUGUGAAUCCCAAUCUGCGUUAUAUGUUGACUUGGUGCGGUCGCCAGCUAUUUUAUCUGUGUUGUGGAAUGGUACCAAAACUUAAUCCUUUAUAAUAAAACCAAAUGACUGAUUUAGUGUACUUUGUGGCUUCUAGAAAUAUACAGUGUAGGCCUAUGAUGUUCGCAUUGCAAUAGUAGAUGUAUAGUAACAUUGUGAUAGAUUCACGUACUACUUCUUUAACAUCGAUUUUUACAGUAUAUCGUAUCGCUAGCUGUUAGACAAUCCUAUUUUAAAUAUGCAUGUGAUAUUAGUGAGGUCCAGAAUGGUCCUGAUGUAAUAUUCUAAUUGUGGAGUCCGAGUACUGACUCUCUAGCACAAGGCUCUCUUUGUUGUGUGUUUAGACUCGGGCCUAGUUCUCGACAUCUCGCUCCGACAUUUGCUCAACAGUCUCCCAUCAAUCUGAGUGAAAUCAAUUCUUAGAAAAAAGUGGGUGUCCGCAUUAUUGUAAAAUUUUAUAUCCAUAUUUUUAUGUUAUCAUAACAAAUGUUAUAUUCAUUCAUUCUGAUUUGAAUCCUCUGGACCAAGGCAAUGAUAGUACUAUUUUGAUUGUGUUUUGUUUUAAUCAACUAAAAUAACGUUAUUAUUCUUACUGUUUUUUAUACAUAAAAGAUUCAAACUUGUCAUAUUUUCCCAUCUUUUUUAAUGAAACCUUUCCAGUCUUGUAACUAUUUGUAGCCUACAGCUGAUAUCUAUUUAUCAUUUGUGUGAUUGUCCAUCUGAAAUAAAACAUAAAAAGUUUUAAAAAAAUCUGAUUUCAUCUAUAAUUAUGAAAUAAUAAUGAAAGUGUCUGUUAAUGAAUAUCGGUAUACAGUAUUAGUUUUCCUUUUCUUAGCCAUGUUUGACUAUUCUAGAGCAUCGAACCUUCACUAUCUCUCGUUACCCAGAGAUGUCGAGAAUGAACGUCCGCUGGUUGUUAACUGUUUGUUGAACACUAGCUUGAUUGUUAUAUUGUUGUCCUAUUGUAGUAUUAAGUACAUGUGCAAUGCUUCCACUGGCAUCUUUUAAAUACCAAAUAGUGAGACAUUUAGAUAUCUCUUAGACUGGUGGUGUUAAAAUUAUUCUAAAACAUGCGAGUUGUAUUAUUUAUCUGUUAGAAUGUAGUUACCGUAGCCCAGCUUUGAGGCUUUUCUCUUUGUUUUUUAUUCAACUGCCAAAGUGUCGUGCCUCUGUGUUGGGUAUAGAAUGCAAUUUCAAAUGCAUUAUUGUACUGUCUCGUCAUGAGAGUUUAGUAUUGUCUAGUUUAUUAGUAUAUAUGGUUAUCACAAAAUAAUGUUGUACUUAAGACAAUUAUCUGUGUUUGAAACAUUUUGAUGUGAACAUUUUAAAACUUUAAAUUUUUAACAUUUCAUGGAGAAAUUCCUAUACUAGUGAUUUUAUGUUUGAAUCUCGUAUAUUAUUUUAAUCAUGGUUUUUGUUUGAGAUUGUUUUGUGUCUAUAUCUAGUGUGUGUCGGGCCUUUGAAUUUUCUUCUCGGUGUUUUACUUCAACCUUAGUGCAAGUUUGCAGGAUUAAAAUUAAAACAAAAUUGCAAAGGUUUGAAAAAAUUAAAAUCUACAACAAUUUAGCUUUUUUUGUUUAACCCAGAUUGUUUUCCCUUGAUCACUUUUUUGGCAGGGAAAUUUUAAAAUUUUAUACCGUACAUUUAAUUUAAAUUGAGUUGAAUUUGACAGCAAGUUCAAAAUGUCAACUACAAUCUUUACAUUACCGUACCUUCUAACAUUUUAAUUUAAUAAUGCAAGAAUUACAAAAUGUUUCAAUGUAGACAGUGGAAAAUAUUCUGUUAAUAAUCAAAACUAUACUUCUAUGGAAUAUUUGUAACGGAGAAUUUCUUUUCUUUACUGUACAUAUUUUAUAUUUUAUGCAUAUCAUAAUGGAGGUUAAAAGUUUUUAGUCAUCGGGUACUCGGUAGCUUUUCACCAUAUAGUCCUAAUUUAUUGUUAUGUGUUUCGAAUUUAACAUUAAUUUUGUUAUGUGUUAAACUUUUAUUUAUGUUAAAUCUCUUUCUUAGUUGGUUUAGUAUUAGGGAUAUAUAUUUUCAUUAUUAAAGGUGUGCUUUUGUUUAACUAAACGUAAUCUAAGCUUUUUGAAAAUUCAUUGCAGUUCAAUAGACUUGUUUUAAUAUUGAGAAUGAAGCAGUAUGCUAAGAAAAGCCUGAAUGUAUUUUUGGAUUAUUGUAUAAUCGAUACUUGUGUGACUGUUUACGUGUUUUAGACAUGGUUUGUGUACCCCUUUUCGCUACAAUAUCAAUGGCUACUACAGACACACGUUUCCCGACAAACUGCAAUGAUAUUUCUAAAUCCGUCUGUAUCAUAUUUUGCACUCGCACAAUCUUAUUUAUUUACAAAGGAUGUGUACGAAAAUACCAAUUACUAUUUGAUCGGGCUGUGGUAGAAUUUUAAUAUUUAAUUGUGGGUGAUAAUAUGUACUCGAUAGUGUAGUGUAGUGCCAUCGGACCAUAUACUGUUGAAGUACGCUCACGUCAUCCUGCCAGACUACAGCACUCUCGCAUGUAGUCUCCAGUGUGUUUACUGUUUAGGUUUACAUAAGAGCUUAUCCUUGAAUCAAAUUUGUAUAAGAGUUUGUAUUUUUGAGUUGGGAUGUUAAAUGUGCGGACUGCUAGCGUAACACCAAGUCUCUGUGAUGAUCUUCCUUAAGUUUCGUAGACUAGCUCACUGAUCUCUUGCCACUGUUUUAACACCAUUUCAAGGCAAUCAAUCACUUGUCAUACGUUCUAGAUUAGACGGGUUUCCUUAAAUUUUAGAUUCCUCCAACUAUAUUUCUAUAUAUUAAUAUAAUACUUUUUCUUCUAUUCAAAUAGAUAUUUCAACUUAGCUUUUAAUAAGAGUUUUUUAAACAAUACUUGAAGUUUUUGAACUAUGGUUUGGUUUAACUAGAGUCUGUUAUAGUUGUUUUAUUAUAAAAGUUCAAUUUAAUUUUAACUAGGGCUAAUAUGUUUUGGUACUCUUAUUCAAUGUUUAAAAAACCUGAUACGGUUAUUUCUGUAUACUUUCUUGCUUUCCAUAUUGACUCGCUAACAAAAAUUAUAUCUGAAAAAACUUAAAGGAUUUCUUUAAUUAUUUCUGUAGUACUAUUCUGAUUUAGAGUUACUAAGAACAUGUCCAAGUUUAAGCUUAAAUGUUUAGUUUAUGUAAAGACAAAGAACAAAAUCUUGAUCAGAACAACUAGGCUUAUCAAAUGAUGGGAGGACAUUUAGGUAUAGAAACUUUAUUUUUAACAAAUUUGCUUUGGUUCUUGUUAUUAAAUAUUUAAUUUGGCAAACAUUUGUUCAUUAGUUAGUAAUCUUCAUGUAUACUAUUUGAGAAUCUAGGGCUAUUUUCUUUAUCUUUAAAAUGAACUGUUAGUAUGUAAUAUUGUGACACUGCUACACGUAUUUUUUUACUCUUUUUUUAAGCUAAGCAAAUCUUUCAAUAUAUUUUAAUGGAUCAUGAAUUAUUUAACUGAAUAAACUUAAGACAUUGAAUUAAACCUAUAUAUUCUACAUUUCUAAUAGUAUCAGCAUAGUGAGUGGUGAAAUGUUUUUUUUAGUUAAUACAAUUUUAAGAAUAAUUUGAAAAAUAAAACAAAGUGUGGACUAUAAACAAAUUGUGAAUGUUACCAAUUUUUUGUCAGAAUAGUUCAAUGGAGGUUUUGUUAAAAGUAAAACUACUUAUACUUAACUCUCCACUCAAAGUUAUUAAUUAUCAUAUUAAUUCUAUAUAUUUUAUAUUUUUUAUGAUGUCAAUUAUUUGAUAAGUUGCUAAAAGAAAUUAUUUUGCUCAAAAUGUACAAAAAGUUAGUUAACAAUACAGGAGUUUUGAUACUACAUAAAACAAUGGUUGUGGUCUGUGGUGGAAACAGUAUUUGAAUCAAACCUAAUUAAACAGUCAUUGGAAAACACUUUUGAGUAAGUUUUCAUUAACCUCUAAAGUGUUAAUUAUGUAUUUAUCUAAGAAGUAUUUUGGAAUUGUGUCCGCACGGAAUUAACAUCCCAAAUGUUAACGUGUAUUUGUUUAAUAGUUGUGCUUAUGUAUCUGCAAAUGCAUAUAUCUGCCCUAAAUGUGUGGCCUUGUUUUUUACUCUCAGGUAAAGUGUGAGGUGCAAGGUAUAAGACUCGACUUCAUUGUUAGACUUUUGUUGGCUUAUAACAUAACCUGUAGAUAUGGGGAUGACAAGUUUUGUCACUGACACAUCUAUACACUGUGAUUUACUCAUAUUGAGACAUACACUAGGACAUCACAGAACACACAUCUGCUUAAUACACAUACAAUCUAUAUAAAUCUCUCCUCGGCUCAUCUGUCAACUCCCAGUAUAUAAAUACACCCGAAAAUUCUUAGACGCAGGCACAAUCAUAAUCUUUAGAUAAAUUCAGACGGACCAUAUUUCUUCCACAUUACCUAAUACACGCCGUAAAUUAAAAGUAUUUAUACAAUGUGCUUGAGAUUAGUGAGACACUAUUCAAAGGGUUUUCUAUAAGAUGCAAGAGAGAAAUAGUAUUUUAAUGUUGAUUUAAAGUAGCCUAUAAUUUUAAAUAUUAAAUCGUAUAAUGCACACCUAGGCCCUGGAAAAUUACAUUUUUGUAACUGGCUGGCCUGACAAGAGUUAUACAAAAUUGAAAUUAUGAGGGUUCUUAUUCUGCCAUUUCAACCAGGAAAACCAUUUGAAUUUGCAUUACAAUCUUGUUUUAUAUUGACUGAAGUAUUGUUGAAAAUGUUUACUUUAUAUACCUAAUCAUUUUGUGAUUGCCUAAACAAGUCAAAAUGAAGCUAUUUAAUCCCACAGUGACGAUUAACGUGUGCAACUUGUUUAUGGUCAAACGGAUCAGCAUUCUAUAAUAAUGUUAACUAGGGGGCUUGAGGGAUUUGGUGAAAAGUAGUAGGCAUGUUGACCUCCAAAGGACGAACGUUUUUUUAUGUUUGUUUUUUUAUAUUUAUAUAUAUAUAUAUGGUAGGAAGAAUUUUUCUUAAACACUACAAAGGUUUGUAAUAUACUUAACCUAGUAAAUUGUGUCUGUUGGUUCUCAAUACAUUUUUUCAAUGUGCCUAAGUUCUAAGUACUUCAUUAGCCCUCUUUAAAUAAAUAUUGCCAUUUUAUUUGUUGGCUCAAUUAAAAUAAAAUUUAGAAAACAAAUAACUUUAUUACAAAUCAAAACUACUUAAUUUAAAUUAUUAGUAGCAUUUUUUAUAUCUAAAACAAACCAAAGCUAUUAGAAUAUGAUUCAUUACAUCGAAAAGUAGUAUAUUUUUCACAUUGUCAGAUUUAUUAGCCUACAACAUUUUAUAAAUUUCUUUUAUCCAAAGUGAUACUAAUUUUGGUAAAAUUUAAUAUAAUAUAUUUUAUUAAUUCUUUGUACCUAGUAUAUUCUGUGCCUUUGAUUCAACAUUAGUUGUAAAAUAAGUUUUCCUACGAUAGUGUAUAGUACAAAGUGAGUGAGGAGGACAGAUAUAUGCAUUACCUUUGACAAUCGAUCCAUUCAGCACAACUCACAUAUCAGUGUAUGCAACGAGUAUUUUGAUACGCUAAUUUGUUGGCCAGAAUACCUUGUAACUUUAUCUUGGACCAAUAAUGUAAAUGUUGUAUCUCUUUUUGUUUCAUGAGUGUAAUACUGUGACAGAGGUUUUAGACAGUUCCUCUUUUUACCCAGUGUGUUGACGUCAUCGAUGUGGUCAACUUAUCCUUUGUGUACUGUAUUUGUGGUUAGCUCAUGUUCAACAGAUCUAAUUAUGUUAUGCUCAAAUGGAUUUAUUGUUAUAUUUAUGAGGUAAAAGAUAUUUUAUGUUAACAAAGUUUAUGUAAUUUAGAUUUUUUGUAGUUCAAUUGAGAUACAAGCAAUAUUGAAGUAAAUAUACCCGAAAUAAGUUUCCUGUUUGUUUUCAUACUACAUAACAUAAUUUAGCUGUAUCGAUGUAUCGGUGUUGAUUGAUUUUAAAUAAGUGAAUAUUAAUUACUUAAUCUUGCUAAUAAAGGUGCAAUCAAUAAGUUAAUAAUUUGCUGAUUGUUUACACAGACUUGUUUUGUUAUAUAAAGUGACCUUUCUGUACUAAGCAUUUCAAUAUAGGUGGGUAAUGUUAACAUUCAA